ACGGCCCACCACCGUACCCCAGAGUCUAAAACCCUUGAUCCACUCUGUUCUUCCAAUUCUAAUUCCCUUUCAAUUCAAUCAAACCAAACACCCAAAAUCUUUCAAAUGUUUAGCAUCAUUCACCGCACACGACCCUCAAUCCGAUUCACCCCACAAACCCUCAUCCUUCAAUCAACCCCAUCAUCAUCAAACCCAUUCAUCAAUUCACAAUCACGACACAAACACGAGGAACCAGACUCCAAUGAAUCCAAUAACCAUCCAAAACUGUUCGUUGUACAGCCUCGUUUUCGACCCGAUUCCCUGUUAAAGAUCAAGCUCGAUGAAGCUCUGAAUCUUGCCAAUUCGCUUGAAGAACAGAGAGAUGGGGAUUACGGUACCCAAUUUAACGACAAAGAAUUGCCCCCACAUGUUGUUGUGCAAAACCCAGCUUAUCGAAUUACUCGUGCAGAUACUUAUUUCGGACCGGGGACUGUGGACAAUAUCAAAUGCCAUUUAAAUGCUCUAGAUUCACAAGGUGGAGUAGAUGCUGUAUUUGUGAACGGGAUUCUGACCGGAAUUCAACAGAGAAACUUAGAGCGGGCAUGGGGAAGAGCCGUUCUCGAUCGCGUAGGUUUAAUCAUUGAGAUAUUUCACGCUCACGCUCAAACAAAAGAAGCAAAGCUGCAGGCUGAGUUAGCUGCUCUUAUGUACAAAAGAACUAGACUGGUUCGCAUACGCGGUAGUGGUGGGCGUUUAACAUUCGGUGCCGCCGGUGAAGCUGAAGUUGUUAGUGCCAAAGGGAGAGGAAGCGGCGGACGAGGGUUCAUUAGCGGUGCUGGAGAAACCGAACUUCAACUUCAACGAAGAAGAAUCAUUGAACGGAAAAAUCAAUUAAUGUCAGAAAUACAAGAGGUACGUCGUACCCGAGCGCUCCAACGUGCAUCUCGCAAAAGGUAUGGAGGCACACACGGUCAACACAUGCCGACUGUUGCCGUUGUUGGCUACACAAAUGCGGGGAAAUCUACAUUAGUUGGCGCACUUUCCGACACCUAUCUUUUUUGUGAUAAUCGGAUGUUUGCGACUGUUGAUACAAAAGUACGACAUGUUAUUCUCCCAUCAGGGAAGAAGGUGCUCCUUAGCGACACCGUAGGAUUUAUAUCAGACUUGCCCGUGCAGUUAGUUGAAGCGUUUCAUGCUACAUUAGAGGAAGUUGUUGAAGCUGAUCUUCUUGUGCAUGUACUAGACUCGAGUGCACCUAAUCACGACGAACAACGAGAGUCUGUAUUGCAAGUUCUCGAACAAAUUGGAGUGUCAAACGAGAAGCUUGAGAACAUGAUUGAAGUCUGGAACAAGAUCGAUCUCAAUGACAAUGAGACGACUGUAAAUGAGGAAAGCGAAUGUGAAAUGAACGAAGACUUGGAUGGUUGGCUUUCUACAGGCGAUGACGUGAAAUGGGACGAUGCAAGUGCAUCAUUUGUGGGAUGGAAGGAGUUUGAGGAUCAACCAAAAGACGUUUCUACCCUCUCGGUUGAAGUUAAAAGUGAUUUAAAAUCUCAACAUGAGUUUAGCCCGGGCCCGCAUGUUAAAACAUCGGGUGUAACUAGAGUUGGUUUACAAGAGUUGUUAGAACUCAUUGAUGAUAAGUUGAAAACCGAUAAAGUGGUUGAGAGAGGUGUAUUUGAUCGCAAAUGGCGACCACCACAAAAGCAGGAUACAGGCGUUGCAGUUGGAUAAGUAGUCGUUUAAUUGUUUUUUGGUAUUGCUUUUGUAAUUGAAGAACAUUUAAUGCUUGCAAUUCACGGCAAAUACAACGGAGGCAAUGAGGAGACCGAUCAAACAACCACUACACUAUGAGGGUACUAGGGAGAGAUUAGAAGGUAAUCAAUGACGGUUUUGGGUUGUCUCUAGUUAAAAUGAUUGAUGCGUUGUGUGCUCUUGUCGAAUGCAGUUUCUCGGCUGUGAGAUGUGUCUUCUCCACGCUUUUCUGAAUGGUUUUCUACAAUCGUCGAUGAAAUAUAAUAUUGGUUAUACUAUUAACGUUUGCACACGAGGUGUUUUUGUUUUUUUUUUUGUUUUUUUGUUUGUUGUAAAAUAAAGCAACUUAUGUCACUCAUGGUUUUCUAUUUGCACACUAGAGAUGAGGUUAUUGAAAUG